AUGGGAAUCGUAGAACAAACACGUUUAGCACCGGAAUUUGUUGUUGACAUCGAAAAAUAUUACAAAUAUCAGGAAGAUGUGGACAAGUUGGUUGAUCGAUUAGAAGUUGUCCUACAAAAUAAUGAAACAAUUUUACGGCAUGGAAAUGUUGAAUGUGGUGAGGCAGCAGAUCCAUAUGAAGUAUUCGCCCAAAAUAUUAACUUUUUCCGACAAUUUCACAUGGAAAGUGUUCAGGCUCCCUUAGUUGAAGCUGAAGCAGUUGUCAAACGUUUAGCAAUAAUGAAUCGUGAAAUGCAAGCUAAAGGUCGUCGAUCAAUUCGUAAAAUGCGACGAUUCGUAACACAAGAAAAAUUAGCAAUGAUUGAAGCGCAAAAGAAAUUAAUGCAAGCACGCGAUACAAUGGAUGCAGCUAGACAUGCUCUUAAACAAACACGAACCACGGAAAUGGUCGAAGAAAAAGGGAAAUUCUAUGAGCGUAUGGUAAGCGAAUUCGAUCAACAAGCUGCUCGAGUUGCAGCAUUUCCAGAACAUUUGCCCACUGAUAAGGAGGAACAUCAGAAGGAACUAUUUGAUGUGCGUUUUAUCCAUGUGUAG